AUGUUCAACCUCGUCAACAGGACUCGUCGAACCUACUGCAAGGGUAAAGCCUGCAAGAAGCACACCCCUCACAAGGUGACCCAAUACAAGAAGGGUAAAGAUUCUCUUGCUGCCCAAGGAAAGCGACGAUACGACCGAAAACAAUCCGGUUACGGUGGUCAAACCAAACCCGUUUUCCACAAGAAAGCCAAGACUACCAAGAAAGUCGUACUCCGACUCGAAUGUACCAUCUGUAAGACCAAGCACCAACUUUCUCUCAAGCGAUGCAAGCACUUCGAGCUCGGUGGUGACAAGAAACAAAGAGGUGCCGCCAUCUCUUUCUAA